AUGUCCGACGACAAACGCGCCGUUGACAAGCUCAAUCGCCACAACUACAGCUCCUGGGUCGACAAUGCUGAAGCCGUCCUCGGUUCUAAGGGUGUUUGGGGCCAAGUAGAUGGCACUGACAUCGCUCCUACCCCUCCUAACGCCUCGGCCAUGACCGCGUCCGAAGCGAAGGAGAUGAGGGAGUGGAAUCAGAGGAAGGCAAAGGCUAGUGGGGAGAUUUGGUUGCUGGUUGAGGAGAACCAGAAGGCGCAUAUCAGGAAGGAGAAGGGAGAUCCGAAGGCGAUGUGGGAGAAGUUAGAGAGUGUCUUUGUGCAGAAGAAGACUGGUACGCGAUUCGACGCUUAUUCCGAACUCUUCUCCACUCGUCUCCAAGAGGGAGAGUCCCUCUCCGACCUCGUUGCUCGCGUCGACCUCUACAUCUCCCAUAUCAAAGAGCGCCGCCCUGCCAAGUUCUCCCUUGACGACCUCGACUCCGAAUUAUCGUCCAUGACACUCAUCAAGGCCCUCCCGUCCGAUUACAACAACUUCGUCACCUUCCUUACCCUCUCCGACGACCUCUCCCUCGACAACGUCACCCAAGCCUUCUCCAAUGAGGAGCAAUCCCGCAAACGUCGUGCCCUGCAG